AUUAGUAAAAAGUUACUAUUUGACAUUUGUAGAGACGAGAAGAUCUCUACAUUUUUCAGACUGAGGCAGUGGGGAAAGACAUCGAAAUAGAGACAAAAAGUGCGAUCCCAUUCCAAACAGUACUACAGCCAAGAAUCGAAACAUGGGAUGUUCAUUUUCAGGGCUAAAUGCAUUAUAUGAUUCUGUUAAUGGUGGUGGAGAUGUGUGGAUCAAUGAAAAUAGAUUCAAAAUCGUACGGCAACUUGGUGAAGGUGGAUUUGCUUAUGUCUAUUUGGUCAAAGAAGUUAUCACCGACGCUUCUGCUGCUACUGGCGGUUUUUCUAACAAACUUAAAGACCCUUCCUUUGUUUCAGAUGAUGGAACUUAUGCUAUGAAGAAAGUGUUGAUUCAAAACAUUGAGCAGCUGGAGUUAGUGAGGGAGGAGAUCCGUGUUUCUUCUUUGUUUACUCAUCCCAAUCUGCUUCCCCUUCUUGAUCAUGCAAUCAUCAAAGUCAAGGCCACUCAAGAUCAGUCUUGGAAACAUGAAGCCUACUUAUUAUUCCCAGUUCAUUUGGAUGGAACAUUGCUGGACAAUACUACAGCUAUGAGUGCUAAAAAGGAGUUUUUUUCGACUGCGGAAGUUCUUCAAAUAUUUCGUCAGCUUUGUGCAGGGUUGAAGCACAUGCACAAUUUUGAUCCUCCAUAUGCACAUAAUGAUGUCAAACCUGGUAAUGUUCUUAUCACACACAGAAAAGGACAGGCACCCUUGGCUAUAUUGAUGGAUUUCGGAAGUGCUCGCCCUGGUCGAAGGCAAAUUCAGUCACGUGCAGAAGCUCUGCAGCUUCAGGAAUGGGCAUCUGAGCACUGCUCUGCUCCCUAUCGUGCUCCUGAGCUGUGGGAUUGUCCAAGUCAUUGCAAUAUUGAUGAAAGAACUGAUAUUUGGUCGUUGGGAUGCACGCUGUAUGCUGUAAUGUAUGGUGUCUCCCCUUUUGAGUAUGCUUUGGGAGAAUCCGGAGGAAGCCUACAAUUGGCGAUUGUAAACGUCCAGAUAAAAUGGCCAGCAGGACCAAAACCACCAUAUCCCGAAGCACUUCACCAGUUUGUGACGUGGAUGCUUCAGCCUCAAGCUGCCGUUCGACCUCGCAUUGAUGACAUCAUCGUUCACGUCGACAAAUUAAUAUCCAAGUACUCUAACUAGCACAGAAUUUCCGUUUAUGGCUAUCAACUGAACGCAUACGCCAUACCUGCAGGUGUAUCAUGAAGGUCUUUUUACACAUUUUGGUGAUAUAGUAUAGCAAGUUUCGCGGUCAUCCCUAUUUAUGUUGUCGUAUCCUCCCGUCCUUCUCGAUUGAGAGGGGUGUAAGAGUAAUAAUUAUUUAGAUACAUUCAUUUGGCAAUAGAUAAUUUAGUGUAGUGUAUUCAAAGAAAUUAAUUUGCUAAAUUGUGUACUGCUUAUACAAGUACUGAUGUUUAUAAGAGACUUAUCUUGGACAGUAGUGUUGUAUACUAUUUUGGGUGUAUUAAUUUGUUUUUUAUUGGUGGUGGACUUUGGGAUUUGUUAGCA